ACGUCUCGUUAUCUCCGGUACUGGAAAAACAUAAACAACAACAGCGUGUUUACACUCGUAAACAACUCCGCGCGUUCGUCAAACUUUUGCAGAACCGAUCGCAGUUCCAAAACAAGAUGACCGCACAACCUACAUCAACAACAACGCGUACCAAAAAGCAAAAUCAUGCCAACAUACCUUGCCCAAUUGAAGAUUGCGCAAGAUUCACAUACGGCAAGCUGCCCGACCAUUUAACCAAAAUCCAUGGCCUCACAGGAGCCGAGAGAGACGCACUUAACGAACAACAGAGAAAAAGGUUUUUCAACGGUGAACUCUGUCAAGUUCGCUACCUUAAAGAAUCUGCUAUACGUGAUUUAUGGGGCGCAGAUUACGACGAUCCUCGAAUCAAAGCAAAGAUACAUCAAAGCUACGCUCUUGUUAAGAUUAGAAUAAUACCUCUUGCGGCGUCGCAGCGGAGUAGACCGCUCACCGAACAGGACGCUAACGUCCUUACAGCCUACAAUGCUAGGACCGCUCCACGUCCGGCUAGAGUCCAGAGACCCCGAACUCGACCGCGGCCGUACCCACAACCAGAGAGUAGUCCAACUACCAGCAGAGUUUCGAGUGAAUCAAGUGAAGAAGAGAAUGCUAGAACAAGCUCGUUGCCACCAUCUCCCCCGCCAUCGUCACCAUCUCUACCUCCCUCUCCGGCGCCUUAUGAUCUUCAACCAGUCGAAACCAGGUUACAGGAUAUAUUCGAUUCUAAAAUCGAUGCUGGUUACAAAGCUGUGAUCGAUGAUAUGAAAAAAUGUAUGACGAUGGGCAGAAAAUUAAGCCAAAGGAAACGAAAAGUUUACCGUACAUACCGACGAUACGCUAAACGAUUGAUCUCAUUCCUGCAUCGCCAACAUUCACCACUGGCUUACGAUGUUGAUGUCCUUUUAUGCGGAGAAACGCAAGUCUGUGCAUUCCUAGAUCGAAUAAGAAGCGAGCAUAAGACGAAAACAUUAAGAAACUACAUAGUUGCUACUAUUAAAUUAUUGGAUUCAAGGCUUUUUGCCAUUGAAACAGAUCCUACUUGCAAAGAGAAGGUGGCUUCAAUGUCGCGGAUUUAUAACACUCUUCACGGUCGACUGAAUGAAUGCGAUAGAUUGCUUGCACAGAAAGAGACAACUAGUUCGAAGGAUGCAACUUCUAAUUUCGACAGCGAUGACAUGCAGCAAACGUUUAAUGAGAGCUAUGACGAAUUAGAGUAAAUGACGUCAUUGGAUGAAACAUGUUACCAUAAAAACCAUUAUGCUUUCUAAAAGUCUAGUCAUAGUUUUUAGGUAUUUAGAU